AUGGAGAACAACUCUCACCAAUCGAGGGCGAAUGCAGCGGCAGCGGCUCAGUCCGACCACCUCCUUGAGCAGCAACAACAGUUUUCCAUGGUGUUUGAAGUCUUCAUUAUGGAACUUACUGUUCCUUCCUGGUUUCAUGCAGAGGAUAAAAAGCAUAGGACUUUACAGAAAAAUAAUAUCUUCAACGCAAUUAGGUUGAGUGGCAUUUUCCAUUUUAUUUGUGAUAUUGUUCCCAGGGAUGAGAUCAAUGAAGAGGCUAUGGCGCACAAAACAGCUAGGGGAGGGAGCAGUGAACAGGAUAACACUGAUGGUUAA